ACUGGCGUUAAGAUCAUUAAAUUGUACAUUUGGUUGUAAAAAAACUUAAAAAUAAUAAUAAUUUUAUAAAUUUCAAUCUAAUCAAAAUAUUACUACGAUAAGCAAAUCUACAAUAGAUAUAAAAAUUAUAUUGGUCAUCAUUAAAAAAUAUUAUUGUGCAAGAAAAUUUAAAGUUUCAUGUAACGGAAGUAAUUUUGGCAGCAGCAACAAUUUUCUAAAACUAAAAUAUACACAAAAAAAUAAAGUGAUUAGUUGCUGCAACUAUUGUUAGUGUUUUCAAAAACAUAAAUUAUUAAAAUAAAAAUAAAAAACAUUUCACAUAAAAUAAAUACGAAAUCAAUUGUCGUAAAUAAUAAAAAAAAUAUUAAAAAUUCGAAUAUCAUUGGUAUGUGGUGAAGGUUCGAAUGAAUCGAGGGAUGGAUGGCUGGUUGGAUUUGUUAUCGGCCCAAGAAUACACACAUACAAAGUUCUUUUUAAUCGAUUAUAAACUAAUAAUUUCUCAGCGAUAGCUAUUUAGUUGUUAUUGUUGUUGUCGUAUGAGUAUUAUGAAAAACGAAUCUAUAAAAGGCCGUUAACUUAAGUAGUACAAAUCAGUUGGCCAAAUUUUUUUGGACGCGUUUAAACAACAAUUUUUUAGGGCAAAAUGUUGCCCCGAAAAUUUCUUAUUGGAAUCACGUUAGGAUUCCUAGUAUUAUGUAUAAAUAGUGCAAUCGUUAAUGCUGAUACACACUCCUGUUAUCGCUGUGAAGGCGAGGAAUGUGAAGAUCCCGUUGUUGCAGAAUGUACUAACGUUAAGGAAAGUGACAAGUGUUUCAUACGCUUUGAAGCCAUCACCAACGAUGCAGUACAAAUGGGUUGUCUUACGGAUUUCAUUGAGGAAAAUGAAAUUGUGGAAUUGAUUAAAAGCAAAGCUUUAUAUGUAUGCAAUGGUUCAAAUUGUAAUGACUUUGCCAAAUUACCAAAUCCCAGCCAGUGUACACUAUGUUCAUCGACCGAUGAGGAGGCAUGCGCAACCAAGCCCACAACCAUUACUAAACAGUUAUCUUGUAAUGUUAUACCCUAUACCCAGUGCUAUCAACGUGUAAAUGGUAAUGCAACUGAACGUGGGUGUUUGUCCGAUUUGGAGGGUGAUGAGUUUUACAACUGUUUAACUGGAGUUGAUGACAAAUGCAAGGUUUGUGAAGGCAAAGGCUGUAACGAAGAGAUUAUUCCCAGUAAUCGUAGAAGAUGUCAACGUUGUAGUUCCGAAACAGAUGCUACUUGCCAAAGUUCGCCGGUUGCCUUAUCAGUGUGUCCUACAUAUGAUGAAACUGAUGGUUGUGUAGCUAUUUAUGAAAAUGGCGUUACCACUCGCGGUUGCAAAACUGAGUUCGAAUGUAAUUCACAAAAGAAAAAUUGUCAAUAUUGCACAAGUGAUGGCUGUAAUACAGCCAACAUUAAGAGACGUUAUGAAGAUCUUUAUGCAAUUUUUCAAGAUGUUCCUUUGAAUUGCAAUACCUGCAAAGAUGAAGAAUGUGAGCCAGGUAAACCUCGUAAUCCCAACAAAUGUGAAGGUGAUCCCUAUCAAGAUUGUAUGACCGUUUUCGAUGCCAGCGGUAAAGUAAUUCGUCGUGGUUGUGAAUUCUCAGUUUUAGGCGAACAAAAAACGCACUGUGAUUCAAACCCUGAAUUGUGCUUCAAAUGCAAGGCCAAUGGUUGCAACGAUAUGACCGAUGCCAAAACAUAUCAGGAAUGUUUGUACUGUGACGCUGCUACAAAUCCCGAUUGUUUAUUUAAUCCUAGUGCCAUAACUACAACACGCAAAUGUUCACUUGGUUGUGUAGCUUCUCUUUAUCCCCGCAAAUCGAAUCCUAAAGUAAGCGAUUUUGUACGAACCUGUUUCGAGGACAUCGAGCCCGAUAACCGUGAAUCUUGCAAUUCCGAAAAUAAUUGUGUUAAAUGUUUAGAGAAUAAAUGUAACACUAAUGUUUUGCCUGCCGAGGGACGUCUCACAUGCUUGCAUUGUGAAGGUGCCGAUUGUGAUAAGCCAAAGUCAAAACAAUGCGUCGGCUAUAAUCCUAAUGACAUGUGUUAUAUGUACUUUGAUAAUGUAACUUUCAGCGCCGUACGUAUGGGAUGUCGUAGUGAUCUUGACGACAAUCAAUUAAAAGCACAAAUUAAACAAUAUUUCAUUUGUGAUGGAGAUAAUUGCAAUGAUUCUAAAAAUCUACCCGAAACUAAAUUAUGUACUGUUUGCGAUUCACAAAAUGACGUUAAUUGUGCUGUAGAUCCAUCUAAAAUAUUGGAUCAAGACAAAUGUGAAAACCCACCUUAUACUCAAUGUUAUACCCGUAUACGUGAUGAUGGUCACACUGAACGCGGAUGUUUGUCAAAAUUGCCCACAGACAUUUUUAUUACUUGUCAUGAUGGUCUUUCAAGUUCCAAAUGCAGAAUUUGCACCGAUGACAAUUGCAACAAUAAAAUUUAUCCAUCUAAUCGUCAGAGAUGUCACCGUUGCAAUUCAGCCACCGACGCUAAUUGUGAAGAUAAUUCUAAAGUCAUUCAGCCUUGUCCCCUCUACGAGCCACAAGACGCUUGCGUAACUCAAUGGAUCGAUGGUAUUACACGUCGUGACUGUGCCUCUGAAAUAAGUUGCGAAGGCUUAGGACGCAAAAAUUGUCGCAAAUGCUUGGAUAGUGGUUGCAAUAAUGUAAAUUUGGCCGACGAAGAUAUUGGUGAUGUAGGUGUAUUCACAGAUUUGCCCCUCAGUUGCCAAAAAUGCAAUAGUAUUGAAGAGUGCAAGUUAUCGACCGAUGCUCUCGGAGUGUGUACUGGCAAUGUCAAUCAAGCAUGUACUACAGCUUUUAAUGAGAAUGGAGAAGUUGUUGCCCGUGGAUGCAGCGACAGCCUGGAGAAUAUUUGUUUGGCAGAAGAAAAUUUGUGUAUAGAUUGCAAAUCAAAUGCCUGUAAUUCAGCAACAUCCGAGAGUGAAUAUGUUGAUUGCAUAUUCUGCGAUUCUAAAAAUGGAGAUGAUUGUACAUUCAAUGUCGAUGCCAUUAAACGCAGCCGCAAAUGUUUAAAGGGUUGUAUGACUGCUCUUUAUCCACGUACCAAGGACGAUUAUCCAGUUUAUGAGCUAACACGCACUUGCUUGGAUGAUAAGGACUUAGAUGAUCGUAACAAAUGUGAGUCUUCCAAAGAUCCCAAAUGCAAAUCUUGCUUAGGUGAAAAAUGCAACAAAGAUGUUUUGGGUUCACGCAAAUCCUGUUACCAGUGUAAGGGAGAUGAAUGUCAAAUACCCGAGGCUAAAACUUGCCGCGCUGUAAUGGACAAUGACCAAUGUUUUAUGCAAUGGGAUGAGACAGGUUCCCUUAUAGAAAUGGGAUGUAAGAGCAAAUAUGAUCCCGCUGAAGUAGACAUUUUGCUUAAGGGAAAAUAUUUGUGGUUGUGUGACGAAGACAACUGCAACCAUAUUGAAGAUACUCCUAAUGCACAAAUUUGUGUUCUUUGCAACUCUAGAACAGAUUCUAAUUGUGCCAUUAAUGCAACUGAGGUAAAAUCAAUAACAUCUUGCGCUAAAGCACCAUAUACCCAGUGUUACAGCCGUGUAUUAGAGAAUGGACACACUGAACGUGGUUGUUUGUCGAAUUUAGAAGGUGAUGAUUUCGUUGACUGCCUUAACAAUAAAAACAGUACCAAGUGUUUAAGCUGUGUAGGAGAUAAAUGUAACCAAGAGGAAUACCCAAGCAAUCGUUUGUCUUGCCACGUUUGUUCCUCCACUUCUUCUGCUUCAUGUGAAAACAAACCCGAUUCUUCUCAAGUCUGUCUGUUGUAUGCCCCGAAUGAUAAAUGCGUAUCGAAACUAGAUGUUAAUGGCUAUACUAUACGUGGUUGUAGUUCACAAGUAAGUUGUGAUGCAUCACUGCCUGGUAAUUGUCAAGAAUGUGAAGGAGACGUAUGCAAUGUGGCCAAUUUAAAACGUAAAUCUGAUGGCAAACCUGGUCAAUGGCAAUCAUUGCCUUUGACCUGCUUCGCUUGCAACAACUUAGAAGACUGUGCUGCUGGCUCUAAUCAACAACAAGUAUGUUCCAAUACUGAAUAUUGCAUGACUGUAUUCGAUACAAAUGGCAAAGUUAUCAAACGUGGCUGCAGCGAUACCGUCGAAAAGGAUCAGGGAAGUUACUGUGAUUCGAACUCCUCUAAUUGCUUUAACUGUAAUUCCAAUUUGUGCAACAAAGCCACCAGCUUGAGCAAUUAUGUUGAUUGCAUUUACUGUAACUCCGAAACCAAUGCAGAUUGUGCUUUAAAUCCUUCAGCAGUUGCUAACCGUCGUCAAUGCAAUGGUGGUUGCAUGACAGCUCUUUAUCCCGCAGCCAACAGUUCUUCAUUUGAACUUGUACGUACUUGCCUCGAUGAUAAGGAUGCCUCUGAUCAGACUGUUUGCUCUAGUGGAAGUUCCACAGAUUGCAAGUCAUGCUCUGGUUCUGCCUGUAAUACUCAUAAGUUACCAGAAAGUCGUUUAUCCUGCUACCAUUGCCAAGGCGAAAACUGUGAAGAUGCUCAAACAUCAGAGUGUUUGAAAUAUAAACCCGACGAUCAAUGCUUUAUACUUUUCAAUAAUAUGAGUGACAUUGUCCAAAUGGGUUGCAUCAGUGAUUUGGAAGAUGAAUUUGCAUCUAGUAACCUUCACCUCUUGUACAAAUGCAAUACAACUGAUAAUUGCAAUAGUUACGAAAAUAUUCCCACCUCCACAAUUUGUGCGUUGUGUAAUUCCAAUGAAGACGAAGACUGUGCCUCCGAUCCCGCAAAUGUUCCAAAUGUGGCAACAUGUUCGGCUUUGCCUAACACUCAGUGUUUCACUAAAGUCAAUAAAGAUGGAUCAACACAACGUGGUUGUGUAAAUAAAUUAACUGCAACUCAAAUAAACGCUUGUCUCGACGGCACUGAUAAAGAUUGCAGUGUGUGUGAAGGUGACAGAUGUAAUAUUGAAAUUUUCCCUGCUGAUCGUCGCAGUUGCCAACGUUGCAACACCAAAGAUGAUCCCGAAUGUGAAUGUUCGCCGAAUUUCGCUUCCGUUUGUCCCGUCUACUCCAGCGGCCAAUAUUGUGCAACCAAAUUGGUUAAUGGUCACACGUACCGUGGCUGCAGUACCGAAUUCCAAUGUGAUGACAAUGAUAAACAAUACUGCCGAGUGUGCCGCGAUUCAGACAAUUGCAACGUUGUCGAUUUAGCCAGUACUAAUAUCGGUUAUCCUGGAAACUGGCAAGGACUUCCUAUUAACUGUUAUACAUGCAAAAAUGAAGAGUGUCAAGAUAGCAAACAGGUUUUAAUUCAGGCCUGUCGGAAUAACAUAAGACAAAACUGUGCUACCGUAUUCGCAUCAAAUGGUACGGUCGUUGAACGUGGUUGUUCAGAUUCAGUGUACGAUGGAGAUAAUGGAAAUUACUGUGAUGAAAAUCCUGCAUAUUGUAAAUUCUGCAAAUCGAGUGGUUGCAACUUGGCUAAUAACUUGGCCGAUUUUGGUGACUGCUUGUUUUGUGAGGGCGCUGACAAUUCCGACUGCAUUACUCAUCCAGAAAACAUUAAACGCACACGUUCAUGUCACAAAGGAUGCAUGACGGGCUUGUAUCCACGUAAAAAUGAAGAAAAUCCAGCCUAUGAAUUGGCCAGAGGAUGUUUGGAUGAUUUGGACUUGGAUGAUCGUGAAGAUUGUAAAGCUGGCACAAAACCGUAUUGUCAGGUUUGUGAUGGCAGCUCAUGCAAUACUGCAAAAAUACCUGAAAACAGACUCAAGUGUAAUGUUUGCAAUGGUGCCGACUGUGAUGAACCGAAAAGUGCUGAAUGUACAGCAUUCCGCGAGAAUGAUCAAUGCUUCACGUUGUUUGCCGAUGAAAACGAUGUGCAACGCAUGGGAUGUGCUAGCGAUUUGGACAACUCUGACUUGGUCGAUUUGAAGCGUCAACUCCUUUUAUGCGAUGGUGACAACUGUAAUACAUUUGAAAACUUCCCCAUCCCUACUUCUUGUAGAUGGUGUAACUCAUUGGAUGAUCCCGAUUGUGCAUCCAAGCCCACAACAAGUACAGCCACCGUUUGUCAACUUUUCCCAAAUACUGAAUGCUUCACACGCAUCGAUGUUGAUGGAGUCACCCAUCGCGGUUGUUUGUCUGAUGUUAAUGAUGAUGUAUUUACUGAUUGCUCUAGUGGAAAUAGCACUACUUGUAAGUUGUGUACCACAAACAAUUGCAAUGUUGAGAUUUAUCCAGAAGGACGCCGCAGUUGUAUCCAAUGUGAUUCAGCUGUAUUUCCUGGUUGUGAAGACAAUGCCAAAGAUUUUGCCAGUGUCUGUACUUUGUACGAUGAAAACGAUAGUUGUGUAACCAAAUUGCAAGGUGAUCGAACCAUACGUGGUUGUGCAUCAGAAAUUACAUGCGAUACUAGCAACCGUGAUACUUGUCGCAUAUGCAACAAUACCGAUAACUGCAACACCGUUAAUCUAUUGCCAGGAUACGUUGGAGAACCAGGCAAGUGGCAAGGACUACCACUUAACUGUUACCACUGUGAAGGCGAUGAAUGUCGCAAUGGAAAGGGAACUGUAGGCAAAUGUGAGGGCAACAAUUUACAAACAUGUAUGACUGUAUUCAGUAAGGAAGGUACUGUAGAGAAACGUGGUUGUAGUGAUGCAGUCAUAAGUACGCAAUCCGACUACUGCGAUGAAAACCCCGAUAAAUGUUUUGCUUGCAAAUCUAACGGAUGUAACGAUGCUAAGAGCUUAAAUGAUUAUAUUGACUGUUACUUCUGUGAUUCUUCAGAUAGCAGUAGCUGCUCUGUUAAUUUCCAAGCUUCUAAGACCAAAACACGAAAGUGCCAAAAGAGCUGUAUGGUAGCAUUAUAUCCUCGCACCAGCUCAAAUGAUCCAUCCUACGAGCUUUCACGUACCUGUUUAGAUGAUUUAGAUCUGGAUGAUCGUGAAGCAUGUGCCAAUGGUGAAAAGAAAUUAUGCAAAGCAUGUGAUGGCCCACGUUGCAAUACCAUGAAUGUUCCCGAAGAACGCUUUGAAUGUUACAAGUGCGUCGAUGAUGAUUGCGAAGACGUGAAAUCAGAACAAUGCAACUCAUAUCAUGCCAAUGACCAAUGUUAUACACUGUUCAACAACGAAAGUUCAAUUGUUGCCAUGGGAUGUCGCAGUGAAUUUGAAAUGGAUGUUAUUAAUAAACUCGUUAAACAAAAACAGUUGUUAUUGUGCAAUGAAAAGAAUUGUAAUGCACCAGAAAAUAUUCCCACACCUAAGCAAUGCUCUGUUUGUAAUUCAGCUGAAAAUCCCCUCUGUGCCACAAAUCCCAAUUUAGUGGACAACAUUCAACGGUGCGCCUCCUUGCCAUUUACAGAAUGUUUCACUCGCGUUAAUAGCUACGGACACACCGAACGUGGCUGUUUGGGAUCUCUUGAAGAAGAUGUAUUUUACGGUUGCUUAAUGAACACCGACGGUUUAUGCGAGACUUGUGUAGGAGACAAAUGCAAUGAAAUCGAUGUAUUCCCAGCCAAUCGUAGGAAAUGUCAACAGUGCAAUUCUGCCAUCGAUCCAAAAUGUGCCUCUGCACCCUCAAGCAAUAAAGUCUGUGAAAUUUACCAGGCAAAUGACCAAUGUGUAACGAAUUUCCGCGAUGGUGUAACAACCCGUGGGUGUGGAUCCAACAUGAAAUGUGACAACGAAAACGACCCCCGUACAUGCCGUGUUUGUGAAGGUGAUGGUUGUAACACCAUAAACUUGGAAAAGAUUAUUGAGGAUGGUGUUCCUGGUAGAUGGCAGGAUGUUCCUCUAACUUGCUACACUUGCAAAGGUGAAGAAGAAUGCACAUCUAAGGGUUAUUUCCGUUCUUGUGAAAACAACCCCAUUCAAAAUUGUAUGACUGUAUUUAAUGCUGAUGGUAAGGUAAUUCAAAGAGGUUGCAGCGAUGCAGUACAAACAGAUAACCAAUCAUAUUGCGAAGUCAACUCUGAAAAGUGUUUACGUUGCAACUCGAACGGUUGUAAUCAAGCCACCAGCUUAGGAGAAUAUGUCGAGUGCUUAUCGUGCGACACUGAUGCUAAUGGUAAUUGUAUUUCAAAUGUUGCCGGUAUUACAAAGACUCGCCAGUGCUAUAAAUACUGCAUGACUGCCUUAUAUCCCCGCUUUAAGGAGGAAAAUCCUUCAUAUGGUUUAUCCAGAUCUUGCUAUGAUGAUAUGGAUCUCGAUGAUCGCGAACUUUGUGCUUCUGGCAAGAAAGAGUUUUGCAAAGUAUGCAAUACAGCGAAGUGUAAUAUCAUCGAUAUGCCAGAAAAACGUCACAGUUGUUAUAUUUGUGAAGGCGAUGACUGCCAAGAUCCGAAGACCAAAGAAUGUCCCACAUAUCGCCAAGAUGACAAAUGCUAUACUCGUUUCGAUGAAAAGAAUACCGUUGUAGCAUUUGGUUGCCGCAGUGAAUUUAGCAAUGUAGAAGCAGAUUAUUUAUUGAAACACAAACGCCUUCACCUUUGCGAUGGUGAAAAUUGCAAUACUUUUGACAACAUUCCCGCUGCUCAAACUUGUGCUCUUUGCAAUUCACGCACGGAUAGCAACUGCGCUGUAAAUCCUACCGCUGUUACUGGACAAACUACAUGCUCUGUUUCACCAUUCACUGAAUGUUAUUCACGUGUGUUAUCCGACGGUGCUACCGAACGUGGUUGCUUAUCAAAUUUGUACGAUGAUGAAUUCGUAGGCUGUUUGAAUGGAACAUCAACAACAUGUAAAUCAUGUAAGGGAAAUAACUGCAAUAAGGAUGUUUUCCCCGAGUCCCGUCUCAAGUGUCACGUUUGCGACUCUAGUGUUGAUCCAACUUGCGAAGAUAAUCCCAACAGUUUAAGUAUCUGUUCAAUAUAUGAUGCUGAAGAUACUUGCGUAACAGCCUUCCGCAACGAUGUCACUUAUCGUGGAUGUAGUUCAAAUUUGGUCUGUGAUGCUACAAAUCCCAGAACAUGUGCCAAAUGUUCCGGUGAAGGUUGCAACACUGUCAAUUUGGCCAAGAAACAAGAUGAUAACUUUGGUAAAUGGCAGGACCUUCCCUUGACUUGUCUUAGCUGCUCAGGUGAUGAUUGUAAUUCAGCAACAACGACUGUGUCUCUGACUUGCGAAUUGAAUAACGAACAAGAUUGUAUGACUGUAUUUGAUAAUAGCGGUAAAGUAAUUCGUCGCGGUUGUGCCGAUCUUGUCGAAAGUGAAUAUUGCUCGGGAAAUGAUGACAGUUGCUAUAGCUGUAAAUCAAACAAUUGUAACACUGCCACUUCAAAAGCAGAAUUUGUAGAUUGUGUUUAUUGCAACUCUUAUAAAGACCAGGACUGUGUAUGGAAUCCACUAAGCUCUAAUCAUAAGACAAGAAAAUGUCACGGUGGUUGUAUGACUGCAUUGUUCCCAUCAGAUAGCACGACAAAGCCUACUUAUGACCUCAUUCGCACCUGUCUGAACGACAAAGAGGUGUCUGAUCAAAAGACUUGUACGGAGGGCAAAGAUGGAAAUUGUUCCGCAUGCACUGGCAACAACUGUAACACAAACAAUUUACCAGAAAAUCGACUAUCCUGCUUUACAUGCCAAGGAGAAACUUGUGAGGAUCCCGUGUCUAAAGUAUGUCCAUUGUAUAAGGAAAAUGACCAAUGCUUUAUUAGAUUCGACAACACAAACAGUGUUUCUGAAAUGGGAUGUAUCAGUUCGUUCCGCAACCAAAAUUUGGAGAGCAUCAUAAAAACAAAGAGGGUGCACGUGUGUUCGGGAUCUAAUUGUAACUCUUUAGACAAAAUACCAAGUACACAAUCAUGUGCUGUCUGCGAUUCUACAGAGGAUGUUUCUUGUGCUGUGAACCCCAUCGAAAUUGGUACUUUCAAUACCUGCAGCAUGUUGCCCUACACAAGCUGUUACAGCAAAUUAACUGAGGCCGGCACAACUGAAAGAGGAUGCUUGACUGACUUGCCAGCUGAUGACUUCGCUGCUUGUGUCUUAGGUAACGACAAGAACUGUGGUGUCUGCAAUGAACACGGUUGCAACAGAGAGAUAUUCCCAGCAGAUCGCCAACAAUGUUUUACUUGCACAUCUGAAGAAGAGUCUAACUGCGAUUCUUUCCCCACCACUAAAAUGGCUUGUCCUAUCGUAAGUGAUAGUGAAUCAUGUGUAAGCGCUUUAAGUGGAAAUGUUACAGUUCGUGGAUGCAAAUCCUCUAUUUACUGCGAUGCCAACGAUAGCACCUCUUGUCGUUCCUGCUUCGGAAGUGAAUGUAAUUCUAUUGAUUUGCUAAAUAAGCAAGAUGAUGGUUACCACGGUGUCUGGCAAGACCUUCCACUUAAAUGUCAUACAUGCGAAGGAGAACACUGCUUGUAUUCGUUGGGACCAACACUUAACUGUUCCAGCCGCAAUAUCAAUCAGGAUUGUAUGACAGUUUUUGAUGAAUUGGGUCGCGUUGAAAGACGUGGUUGUUCCGAUGAUGUUGAAGACUACAAGGAUUUGUAUUGCAGACAACAUCCCGAACGGUGCUUCAGAUGUAAGUCCAAUGAAUGUAACAUUGCCUGGAGUACUGAGGAAUAUGUUGAAUGUUCCUUCUGUGAUUCUUCCGUUGAACCGUUCUGUAUUCUUAAUCCCGACUAUAAUGGCUUCAAAUCUAGAAAAUGUUACAAGAACUGUAUGGUAGCUAUGAAAGGUCAACAAGUCAUACGUUCCUGUUUAGACGACAAAGAAAUGUCGAUACAAAACCGUUGUCAGCAAAGUGGUUCCACAGAAUGCGCCGCAUGUUCAGGAAACGAAUGUAAUAAAUUCGUAUUCCCAGAGAAUCGACUUAAAUGUCAUGUCUGUACCGGCUCCUCGUGCUCCAGCAGUGUAGGUCAAUAUUGUGAGCUUUAUGAAAGCAACGACUAUUGCUUCGCUAAAUACGAAAAUAAUUUAGUCAAUUUAAUGGGUUGUGCCUCUUCUCAAAAUGCCAGCGAUAUUGCCGAGUGGACCGCUCAAAAUAAACUAUACAAGUGUAAUGGCAAUGACUGCAAUGAAUUAUCACGUUUACCCAAGGCAGGCGUGUGUGUAUCGUGUGAUUCUAGCAAAACACCUAAUUGUGCUCAAAAUCCUACAGAAAUAUCUACCACCGAAACAUGCGCUGCACCAAAUGAUAAAUGUUUCACACGAAUUGAUGGCCAAGGUCACACAAUCAGAGGUUGCUUUAAUAGCUUGAGUGCUAGUGAACAAUCAUGCGAGUCUCUUGGCACUUGUGCAGUGUGUUCCGGAGAAAAAUGCAAUAAUGAGAUCUAUCCAGCAAACCGUCGUGAAUGUCAUAUCUGUAAUUCUGUAGCGGAUAGAAAUUGUGCGCAAAAUCCUUCUAGUCUGAAAGUGUGUCCCAUAUAUGUUGCCGACGACAAGUGUGUUUCCUCUUUGAAUGAUGCUGGGUUACUUACACGUGGUUGUGCCUCUCAAUUAAAAUGCGAAAACAAUGACAGUGGAUAUUGCAAUGUCUGUAAUACGAAUGGAUGUAAUACCGUCGAACUCAAGGGCUCUGCAAAUAUAGCCACCAACAGUCUUUUCCUAACACUUCUUCUGUCGGUCGUAUCUAUUUUAGUGUUGAAAUAUUAAGACCAUUAAUAGUUCGUACACCUUAAGAGACCUCAAAUCACAACUCAUCAAUCAAUUGACGAAAUCAACUAGUAACUAGUCCCUUAAUUGUCCCAUAAUUAGUUUCUUUUGUAUUUUGCCUAAUCCAUAAUUUUAUUUGUUCAUAUUUAUAUACCUAAAUAUAUUAUUAUAUAAUAUAUACAAUUUUCUAUUCACAAAAAGUGCUCACUUACGGGUACUAAGUUUUUGAUUAUAAUUAAGUUCUCAAUGUAAUUAUAGAUUUGUUUAGAAUCGAAAGAAAAUAAUUGCCAUUAAAUAAAAACGAUAUAUAUGUACAUAUUUUUUUAA